GAUCGAAGCAUCGCGUCGACGAUCAUCCGUCGAGUUAUAGUUUCAAGUUUGGAAUCGUAUCGUCGAAAGUGAUUUUCAAGAUGAUCAAGAACGCGACGAUUUUACUCGCUCUCGCGAUGUGCGCUACAGCCUCGUUCCAGAAAGGAUCCAGCAGUGAGCAACAAGGAGGCAAAGGGUCCCAAGGUACACGACAAGAAGGAUUCGGUGGUUUGCAGCAGAAAGAAUUUGGCAGUCAGGGAGAAUCCCGUUGGCAGCAAGGAGGAACCAGCGGAGCACAGGCAGGAAUUGGUGGAAAACUAGGAGGGUUUGGUGGUCAAAAAGAAUCUCGUUUGCAAGAAGGAGCAAUCGGGGGAGCACAAGCGGGGAUCAGUGAACAGGUGGCAGGAUUCGAUGGAAGGCAAGAAGCAUUCGGCGGAAAACAAGGAGGACACGGUGGGCAGCAGAUCAGACUCGGUGGACAAGAAGUAGCUUUUGGUGGACAACAAGAAGGAUUCGGUGGAAAACUAGGAGGAUUUGGUGGACAAGGAGAAUCUCGUUGGCAACGAGGAUCUAUCGGUGGAGCGCAAGCGGGAAUCACUGAACAGGUGGCAGGAUUUGGUGGAAAACUCGGAGGAAUUGGUGGACAGCAAAUUAGACUCGGUGGACAAGAAGUAGCACUUGCUGGACUGCUAGGAUUCGGUGGUCAGCAAGGAGGAUUUGGAGGACAACAAAAAGUAUUUGGUAUACAAGGAGAAUCUGGUUUCGAUCAAGGAGCAAUCAGGGCAACCCAAGAGGGAAUCACUGAACAAGUUGUAGGAUUUGUUGAUCAGCAAGGAGCAUUUGGUGGAAGGCAAGAAGGAUUCGGCGGACAUCUAGGAUUCGGUGGACACCAGGGACCAUUCGGUGGGCAGCAAGGCUUCAGUGCCCCGCAAAUUGGACUCAUUGGCCAGGAAGUAGCAUUUGGUGGACAACAAGGAUUCGGUGCUCCGCAAAUUAGACUUUUUGGACAGGAAGUAGCAUUUGGUGGACACCAAGGAGCAUUUGGUGGACAGCAAGGAUUCGGUGCCCCGCAAAUUGGAUUCGUUGGACAAGGAGUAGCAUUCGGUGGACAACAAGGAUUCAGUGCCCCGCAAAUUGGACUCGUUGGACGGAACGUAGCGUUUGGUGGACUAAAGGCAUUCGGUGGGCCGACAGGAUAUGGUUGGCAGCAAAGAGGACUCGGCGAACAGCGAGGAGGAUUCGGCGGACAGAACGGCAGAUAUAUAUACUAGAAUCGUUAAUACGACGGUCGAUGGCGUAGAUUAGAUAACAGCAAAUGGUGCUCACUGUCUGAUUAGCACGUAUGCGACGACCAACCUUCGACAUUCAUUACUGUAUACACGUCCUUUUUCUCCACGCAUAAAAUGGACUCGCAGAGAACAAGGGAACUCAAAUAAGACGUAAUCAUGGAUUUAUCAUAAUACACUUAGUGCCUAGCCGUUUCAUCGUCCAGCUUCGCUCUCCGGAUCGAAGAGGACAGCUUCAAAUACUUUCACGGGUUUUUCUUUCGACAUUCUAGAAUCAUCACUCACAGUUUUCCUUUCACGUUUCUCAUCCUAAACUAUUAACAUUAGUGCAUUACAAUCUUUAUAAUUCGUUCCAUUUUUAGUUACGAUUUUAACAUUAAAUUUUUUACCACUUUAAAAACUUA